GGUCGUGUAUCGGCAGGUGUGUCGGUUUUCGUGCGUUCACUGCAGUAAUCGUAAUAAGUACUUUCGGUUGUCGUGCGAUUUCAAUACGUAUGUGUCGUGACGUAAAAAUGUUCGUUCACGUGUACCAACGUCGAGUCAUCGUGUGUAUGUGUAAGGACUCCCUCAGUAGAGCAAAUUCACGUUCAUUAUCGUUCUUUCCGUCUUUGUCUCUUUUUGCUCACAGGUUUUCUCGUUUUUCCCGGUUGGCUUUGUGGUACCCCCACACGACCCGCCUGGUUAAGUAGCCUAUUAUUUCCGCCUCUCUUGGUCUUCUUGUUUUUCACGUUUACAACUACUGCUUAGUGCUCUGGCUUCAUAUCCAGAGCUAUGAAUUUUCCUAUGACGGCUCCGACUCGUCGUGCGUACCUUUUUCUUUUUGAGCAGGCAGCUUUCGUCUAAUGGUAAUGGACGACGACGAGAGAGCCACAACAAAGCCGCGGGGGUCCCUGUCCUCCAACCCCAUCGGCAUGACGAGCGGCAUGGUGUCCGGCCAAGGAGGGGCGACGUCUGUAACUGGUGGUGCGACGUCGGUCAUGGGCGGUGCUGUGCAGCAGUCCCAAAUGGGCAUGAUGUCUGGAGUGCAGCAGCAGCCGGUGAUACCCAUGAAUCAGGCUACCCUGUACUCGAACUCUCCGGGCGGGGGACCGCCGGGAGCGCCCGCGAUGAUUUCCGGAAUUGUUUCCGGACAGAACAAUGCGCCGAUGGUGUCCGGCAUGGUCUCCGGCAUCGUUCCCGCGCGCGGCCAGGGGCCCAUGCUGAGUGCCGCGAUGGCUCAGCCCAUGUUGAGUGGCAUGGUGGCUCCGGUCAGCGGGCAGCCCAUGAUGAGCGCCCCCAUCGUGUCCGGAAUGACCGCUACGCGGCAAGCGGCGAAGCAACAAAACAAACCGAAAAUGGGCGGUUACACGCUUGAGCAGAUCGACCGGCAGUUCUUCGAGCAGGCCCAGGACAUGUGCAACCAAACCAAGGACGAGGUGCUCGCCGUCUGGCGCAUGAGCGAACCCAACGAGGACGCCAAGAAGCACGCGAUUGGUUGGACGUGCGGCCUGUACUUGCUGAUCGUCGUCUGCCUUCUGGCGGGCGCGCAGGCCGUGUUUUGUUGCGUGGACGAGAAGGUCAACGAGGUUUCGCGCACGGAAGUAACGGUCGGGGAGUCGGAUAUGGGAGUGUCAGGAUCGAAAUCGACAAAAUCGAAAUAUUUGUGAUGCAUGAAAUGCAUGACGCGAAAUACGUGUGUUGCAGAGCAGGCAAGUGAGGCCGAUUGUAAGCCUGUUUGGGGUUAUAGCUCGAGCUGCUAAAGCAGCAUGAGAGAAUCAGUCUUGUUUGCCUAAACAGCAUUACAAACUGGAUUUUUUUAGGCACCACCAGAAUUUGUGAUGCGCCACUUAGAAACUGGGUUCGGGCUGGAAUCCAUUUUAUGCAUGGCAAAUUAUUUCGAUUUUGCCAAUUUCGAUUCUGACACUUCCAUAUCGGAGACCGACACAACCGUCGAAAAGGAGUACGAGUGGACCCUGCAUUGCGGGCUCACUUGGGCGGCCCUCGGGUCGUUGUUCCUGUUGCUGGUCCUCGGGCUCUUCUGCCGGCUGGCCGACGCAGAGGACGAGGGCGACCACACCUUGUAUGUGCUGGGUCGCCGCAACUUCUACCGCCAAAUCAAACCCAAACGAUCGGGAUGCUGCCGCUGUCACCCGCUGCCGAAGAACGGAAUUCAGCCGCUGGAAACCAUCGUGCAGGUUAGUGGUCUAUUUGUUCUUUGUGCGUCGGAUAUGUUGAUGUCGUGGCAUUCGCACUUGCUAUUCCUUUGUGUGGAAUAGGAAUUUGUUUUUGAUCACGGCGCAAUCCCCUCCUACGUUAGCGAUAUGAUGAUGAUGAUGUUAGUGGAAGUGCGACUUCUGAAAGUACAAAAACGUAUGAAUUCGAAUCCCCAAUUUUUUCUCAUGUGCGUUCGUACAGGUUACGACAGAUACGGUGCCGACAACCGACGCGGCGGUUUUCGAGUUUACGAUGAAUGCCGUGGUCAUCGAUCUGCCCCUGGGAGCAGCGUUGAACGACAACAAGGACAUGCACGGGGCGAAGAAGGCGAAAGGCCCCGUCCACUACAAUUUACACCCCCGGGUUUAUUGUUUCAUGGACGACCCACCCCGCGCCGCCGCGGCCAUCAUGGAGGCCGUGCAGCUCCGGCGACAGGAGCUCGGCAUUUCCGGCUUCCAACCCACGCCAAUCAGCACGACGUAUGUUGGGGGUCAGAUUUCCGGGCCGCCUCCGCAGCAAUCCGCAAUGCCCGCAAUCAGCGGGUAUGGUGCAAUCUAAUACAAUCAAAAAGCUAAGCAAAGCUAUCAAAAAUAAAGCGUUUUCUUUGUUUCGAUUGGUUUAUUUUAGUGUAGGUUGUUUUCACCUGUGCCUCAUGACAUAGUCAUUCUCAUUGUCAUGGUCUUUGACGUUCCCCGUUUCAACUUUUCCGUUUUAUUUGCAUUAGAGUUUUAUUUUACAUUGAAAUCAUGUGUCCUGUAAGUAUUGCGUAACAUCAGUUCAAUUAUCUUCAUGUUUUAGCACCACCUUUCUUUUGCUUAUCAAACUUUUCGUUUGCAUUGUCGAUCCCCAAAACCCGAGCAAUUAAAGACGAAAAGAAGGACGACUGACCUAUUCGCAGUAAGAACCGUUCUGGAUCCCUUCAGUAAGAACGAUAGAGCGACGAAGGACAGUGGAUUUGCUCCGCUUUGAGGGCAGAUAAAACUUUGCUGUAAACUAUUUCGAUCCUGACAGAAUAUGCGCCGGCGCCGUUUCCACCAAGUGAU